AUGGCGAGCUGCAAAGGAAGCUUUGUGUCGAUCCUAAACAAUGAUGACAAUCCGUCAUUCGCCGUUCGAUCGGCUCCGAGGAUAAUAAGGCACCAGUCUUCUCCUACAUACCCCUAUCCAUCUGAACAACCCCGUCAGGCCGUGGGCCUAGACUAUCGCUAUGGAAGCUCCUAUUCCGGUUCCCCGGCAGUAUCACCGCGGGUAACGAGGCAACAAUUCGAUCCCGUGUCCGAAGCGACGCAACCGACAUCCCCCGGAUCCUCGGAUUGCUCCUAUGAUUACACAACGAGUGCCAGCACCGGGUCAUACUUCCAACAAAGUCGUCAAGAAUAUCACGGCUAUUCUUCAACGAUGCCUGCUCCGGAGAAGCGGCUCAGCGCUAAUUCUAUGGUUGAUCCUCCGUCUCCGCCGACGUCGAUCGGUGGAUCCAAAGAUACGACGGCCGCCCGGGGAACGCGGAAGAAUAAGUAUCCCUGCCCUUUCGCUGCGAGUCACGGCUGCUCCGCUACCUUUACGACGUCGGGUCAUGCGGCUCGCCAUGGCAAAAAGCAUACGGGAGAGAAGAGUGUACACUGUCCGAUCUGUAACAAGGCUUUCACGCGGAAGGACAACAUGAAACAGCACAUCCGGACACACCGGACACAUUCGGAGGAUAUGCCCACGGGUAUGAUCGAACGGGAAAGCGAAGGGAGCACAGGGUGGAGAAGUAGGAGGAACAGUCCUACCUACAGCCACCAGCGAUCGGCGAGCCAGUCCCAGAUGGAUGGGAACGCUUAUGAGAGCAUGACGACCAUGAAUUCUAUGACCUCCAGUGGCACCCACCGCUCGCAGCCUUAUUGA